AUGCGUAAAAGAGCAACAACUAUAUCACAUGAUGGAGCUUCUUCUACCGAAAACAAAAAUGUUAUAAAAUUAGAUAAAAGAAGAACAAGUAUAGACAAUGAAAGAAUAAAUAUUGAAAAUGUUAAAAUUAAAGAAAAUUUAAUUAAAAAUAAAAGAGAGGAGGAAGAAAAUCAACAUCAUCAACUUUUAUUGUCCGCUAAAGGGUUGCUACUUCGUUGGGCUGAUCAACAACAGGGAAAAGAGGAAGAAGAAGGAAAGGAAGAAGAAAAAGAUUUUUAUAAUUAUUAUUAUUCCCCAUCAAAACCAACAACUUCAAUGCAAAGAAGAAUUUAUUCUAGAAGAGGGUCAAGAGAUGUGGGAAAUAAUAAUUCUAUGCCUUGUGGAUGGAUAAAAAAUAUGAAUAAUCAACAGCAAAAAGAAAAUGAUUAA